GCGCUCUGUCCAUUGAGUGGAGACCAUUUCCUCCAGUAGAAGGCCGCAGAGAGCUUCUCCAUACACGCAAAUAAUCAUACACCUAUGCAGACCAAGCACGCAAAAGCAAACCAACGCCUGGAACUGACUUAUCUUUUUAUUGCUAAACCUUGAUGUCAUCCAUCCAGAGGAGACCUGCUGAUGGGCCAUUGUCGCUGAGGUGGAGGCUCGCCUGGACAGCAGCAUUAUCUCUGGCUCUAAUGGUUCUGGCUGAACAGUGACCGCUGCCUACCUGAGGACACCUGUUGCCAUUUCCUUUCAUCAUGUCUGGCAUCCAUGCCCCAUGGUCAUCUGGCACAGAGUGUGUAGCCAAAUAUAACUUUCAGACUGCUAAUGAACAGGACCUUCCCUUUUGUAAAGGAGAUGUAUUGACCAUAAUUGGAGUCACCAGGGAUCCUAACUGGUAUAGAGCAAAGAACACUGGCGGAAGAGAGGGAACCAUUCCAGCAAACUAUGUCCAGAAAAGGGAAGGAGUCAAGUCAGGGGGGAAACUCAGUCUUAUGCCCUGGUUCCAUGGCAAAAUAGCUCGGGAGCAGGCUGAGCGACUCCUCUACCCCCCAGAGACGGGUUUGUUCCUGGUGAGGGAGAGCACCAACUAUCCCGGGGAUUAUACCCUAUGUGUUAGCUGUGAUGGCAAAGUGGAGCACUACCGCAUCAUCUACCACAAUGGCAAGCUCACUAUCGAUGAAGAGGAGUACUUUGAGAACCUCAUGCAGUUGGUGGAACAUUACACCAAAGACGCGGAUGGCCUUUGCACCAGGCUGAUUAAGCCCAAGUUGAUGGAGGGGACAGUUGCGGCACAGGAUGAGUUCUCCAGAAGUGGUUGGGCUUUGAACAGGAAGGACCUAAAGCUUAUUCAAACAAUUGGCAAGGGGGAGUUUGGAGAUGUAAUGGUUGGAGAUUACAGGGGGACCAAGGUGGCUGUCAAGUGUAUCAAAAAUGAUGCCACAGCACAGGCUUUUAUUGCGGAAGCCUCUGUCAUGACGCAACUGAGGCACAACAAUCUGGUCCAGUUGCUUGGGGUAAUUGUAGAGGAGAGAGGGAGUCUUUAUAUUGUCACAGAAUACAUGGCCAAGGGCAGUCUUGUGGACUAUCUGCGAUCUCGAGGGAGGACUGUUUUGGGAGGAGACUGCUUACUAAAGUUUUCACUAGAUGUGUGUGAGGCUAUGGAAUAUUUGGAGGCCAACAACUUUGUCCACAGAGACUUGGCAGCUCGCAAUGUUCUUGUGUCAGAUGACAACAUUGCUAAGGUCAGCGACUUUGGCCUCACCAAAGAGGCCUCCUCCAUACAGGACACUGCCAAAUUGCCUGUCAAAUGGACAUCCCCUGAAGCAUUGAGAGAGAAGCGGUUUUCCACAAAGUCAGAUGUUUGGAGCUAUGGAAUCCUACUCUGGGAGAUUUACUCCUUUGGGCGAGUGCCUUAUCCUAGAAUUCCGCUGAAAGAGGUGGUUCCGCGGGUGGAGAAGGGAUACAAGAUGGACGCUCCGGAUGGCUGCCCUCCUGUGGUGUACGACCUGAUGAAGCAGUGCUGGACUCUGGACCCCAUAAUGCGGCCCUCCUUCCGCAUGCUGAGGGAGAAGCUGCAACAUAUCAGAGCCAAGGAGUUGUACCUGUGAAGAGGAGAUGCAGAGGACUGUAGGGGUCUCUACUAAAGCCUCUUCAGUUUCAGGUGGAGGCAGAUGAGGAGGGACCUGUGGGACUGCCUUACCAUGCCCCCUCUCUCUCCACCCCUCACCCUCCCUGCGACCUUCUUUCACAAAAAAGACUGUUGUUCUGUUUGUGAUGUAAAGCUUUUGCCAGACGGUUUCCUCUACUCUGGAUGGAACUCUUGCUUCUUCCUCCUGACUUGACCUGCCACUGCUCACUUAACUUUUCUCUUUUUAUUCACUCCCCUCCUCCUGAACUUGAGCGUUAACUGGUGGGGAGGCUGGCCUUUUCCUCCAUGUUUGUCAGCUCGUUGUCUUCUUUCUUUCUGUGUUGCUAUGUCAUUCCUGGACUCUUUGAGUUGAAUUUCAGUUCACCUUUGUACCAUUCCAUCCACUCCUCCCUCCCCUCUGCUAAAGGUGUGGGGCCUUCGCUCUGUGCCAAAGUGCCUCCAGUCUACAGAGCUCAAAACAACCCUUCAGCACUUUUUCAGUUGGACUUUUGUGGUUACAUUUUUUUUAUGACUUUUUUAAAGAUUUUUUUUUUUUACUUCUUUUGGUUUUCAGGGAGGUCUUUAAAACCAUUUUAGUGCUUAUUCCCCCACGCUACCCAUCACAAUAAUUUCUUGGAUCCCAGAGUUGGCAUGGACAGCAAGAGAAAGGAGGCCAGUAUCAUGUUCAUCCUCUAGCAGACUAGAAACAACCCAGGAAAAGAAGGACAACCAGAGCAAUGGAGUUAGCAAAGAUAGUUGAAUCGUCAUAUGUGGGCUUGUUUUUUUUAUAUCAAAAUGUAUUUAAAGGAUUAAAAAAAGAACAUGCAUAAAGACUCGGAGAAUUGAAAAAAGGACUUUGAUCAGCCAAGAGGACACGUCUCUUGUUAGAAUGUUCAGUGUCUCUUCUUGAACGCUGGGGUUGGGGUGGUGCAUGCUGUGUGUGAGAGGCCUUGGGUUCAACUGUCAGUGCUUUCAAUGUUUAUUGUUUUAAUAUGCUAUCAUAAAUAUAAAUAAAUCAUUCCAUCUGAAA